AUGAAGUACCCUCUAGUGCCACUGGUGAACGAGCUCACACUGUCAUUCCUGGUGUUUUGGCUCUGCUUGCCAGUGGGUUUGCUGCUAUUCUUGCUGAUCGUCUGGUUAUGCUUCUUACUUAGUCAAGAAUCAGAGGAAGAUGGUUCAGAUUUAUGCUUCAACUGGGAGCCCUGGAGCAAAGGACCAGUCGGGUCUGGCUGUGAGGGGACACUCCAUGGCCAGGAGGAUGAAGGCUCCACUAGUGAGCCUGCUCUGCUGGGUAUUAUCUGGGCCACCAUAACAUCUGAAGCAGAUGGAGAGACCCACUAAGGAGGGAAGAGGAUGCUGGUGCCGGUGAUCUAG